AAAAUAAAUUGAGAAUUAAGAAAAAAAGAAGAAGAAGAAGAAGCUCAGCUCAAUAAGCACACCCACAACAGAAGCAGCAGGAGAAGGUGAUCCAUUUUCAACACUCACCAGAUCCCACUGAUCAAUUGCGUCGCCACUGGUAAGGCAACCAUGAGGGGCAUUCUUUCUUUAAGGAGGGCAGCCUUGGUUCAUCAUCAUAGUGAGAAGUGGGGCCUUGGUUUGAGAUUGUUUAGCACUCAAGGUGCUUCAACUGCUAGUACACCACAGCCUCCACCACCCCCUCCUCCUCCUGAGAAAACCCAUUUUGGUGGUCUUAAGGAUGAGGACAGGAUAUUUACUAACUUAUAUGGCCUGCAUGAUCCUUUUCUGAAAGGUGCCAUGAAGCGUGGUGAUUGGUAUCGGACUAAAGAUUUGGUACUCAAGGGUGCUGAUUGGAUUGUGAAUGAAAUGAAGAAGUCUGGCCUUCGUGGGCGUGGGGGUGCUGGUUUUCCUUCUGGCCUUAAAUGGUCUUUCAUGCCAAAAGUAUCUGACGGCCGCCCUUCUUAUCUUGUUGUUAAUGCUGAUGAAAGUGAACCUGGAACGUGCAAAGACAGGGAAAUUAUGCGGCAUGACCCGCAUAAAUUGUUAGAAGGUUGCUUGAUUGCUGGAGUGGGAAUGAGGGCUAGUGCUGCUUACAUCUACAUCAGGGGUGAAUAUGUGAAUGAACGUAAGAAUCUUGAAAAGGCUAGGCAAGAGGCUUAUGCAGCUGGUUUAUUGGGUAAGAAUGCUUGUGGCUCAGGCUAUGAUUUUGAUGUUCAUAUCCACUAUGGUGCUGGAGCUUAUAUUUGUGGAGAGGAAACAGCCCUCUUGGAGAGCCUUGAAGGGAAACAAGGUAAACCGAGACUAAAGCCACCUUUCCCUGCCAAUGCAGGGCUGUAUGGCUGUCCUACCACUGUAACAAAUGUGGAAACUGUGGCUGUCUCUCCAACCAUUCUAAGGCGUGGGCCUGAAUGGUUUGCCAGUUUUGGUAGGAAGAACAAUUCCGGGACAAAGUUGUUUUGUGUGUCUGGGCAUGUGAACAAGCCUUGCACUGUUGAGGAGGAAAUGAGUAUACCACUGAAGGAGUUGAUAGAGAGGCACUGUGGAGGUGUUAGAGGAGGAUGGGAUAAUUUACUUGCAGUGAUUCCAGGAGGAUCAUCUGUUCCUCUGCUUCCAAAGCAUAUAUGUGAUGAUGUUAUGAUGGAUUAUGAUGCAUUAAAGGCUGUCCAGUCAGGGUUGGGGACUGCAGCUGUAAUUGUGAUGGAUAAAUCAACUGAUGUUGUGGAUGCUAUUGCAAGGCUCUCCUACUUUUACAAGCAUGAAAGCUGUGGGCAGUGCACUCCAUGCAGGGAGGGAACGGGAUGGCUUUGGAUGGUCAUGGAAAGAUUAAAAGUUGGGAAUGCCAAGCUAGAAGAAAUUGAUAUGCUUCAGGAGUUGACUAAGCAAAUUGAAGGGCAUACAAUUUGUGCCUUGGGUGAUGCUGCCGCAUGGCCAGUGCAGGGUCUUAUCAGGCAUUUCAGGCCUGAGCUUGAGAGAAGAAUUAGAGAGCAUGCGGAAAGGGAGUUGCUGCAGGCCACUGGUUAGGCUUAUACUAAGUCUUUUUAUAUGCGAGAUUGAGAAGCUUAUUGACCAGAAAAUUUAACCUGAAAAUAAUGCUAGGUUCAUUCAUUAUUUUUCAAAAUAUUAGCAUAUUUGCAAUUGGCAUUUGGUUAGACUGGUUUCAUCUAUCAACGUCAACAUGAAACUAUACAUAUAUGAAACUCAAAUAUCAACGUCACACCCCUACAAUAUGAAACUCAAAUAUCAACGUCAACAUGUUUAACAAGGCAGAAAAUUUUCAUCUUUGCAAUGGAAGGUGUUUGAUUGUAUAACGUCUGAUCGUUCUUUACAUUUGAACUGUAUUAUUGUAGGGGUGUGACGGAACUGGUGGAUAGCGAGAAUCACAAUAAGACAGUGCCAGUCAUUUUGUAAGAUGGAGACACAGGUUGCUGUAGCUUUAUCGCUACUCUUAUUUACUUUAUGCUGUAGCAACUAUGGCUGGACCAUACCUGAGAAGCCAUUUGGGCGAGUUUAAACUGUGUACCUGCUUGUUAUUUGGCACAUUUUCUUGCAAUUUGUUAAUAAUAUCUGUAUACUGUUCUUAAUUUUGAAAAACAAUUCCCUAGUUGUUGUCAAUGAAUGAUGAGGGAUACUAUGAUCUAUGAUUAUAUGAUUCAUUUGG